AUGCCCAAGGCAGCCAUCAAGCAGCUGCUGCCCGGCUUCCUAGGGCUGGACAGCGUGCGUCAGCACAUACAGGUCACAUUCAUGCUCGACGGCCGUGAGUUUGAGAGGGUGCACUGCCAGUUCUUCUACCGCGCCACCGGAGGCGGCGGGUUGCAGGGGUUGGGGGCCGUGGUCUCCGCGCGAGCGCUGAUUGCGCGCCGGGCGCAGACGGUAGCGUGGGGCGUCGAGGCGGCGGGGGCGUUCGUGUGGCAUGGCAUCGACCCGCCCGCGGGCGCCGCGGCCGGCGGCGCGGCAGUGGCGGCGCAAGGGGCAGCUGCGGUGUGCGCGGGCGAGGGGGAUUGCCGGGGGGUCAGUGCAGAUGCCCAGACCAAGGCGAAGGCGGGUGCGAAGCAGAUGCGUGAAAUUGGAGAUGCUGACGAGGAUGCUGACGAGGAUGCUGACGAGGAUGAUGACGAGGAUGAGCAGGAUGAGGAGGGAGUGAAGGAGGAGGAGGAGUGGGACAAACUGGACGGCAAGGAUGGGCAGUGGCGGCGGCCCGGGCGGCGGCGGGCGGCGGGCCCGCCGCCCGUCGCAGCCGGGCACGCGGCGACCACAACCACCAGCCUUUGGAGCGGCGCGGCGCCCGCGCCCUGCGCACACUGGCCGGUGAGCGGCCGCGCCCCGGCGCCCCCUUAUACGCGCACGGCACACGAUCUAUAG